AUGAAUCUCAUCCCCGUCCGGACGCCGUUGAUCGACUUGGCCAGGCAGCUCGAGGCCGACCCGGACCUGCCGCUGGGGGCAGACCCGGUAUGCGAUUUGCUGUCCGAGUGGAUGCAGAGAAAGCAUGGCCACGACUCCAUCCCGCACAAGCUGGUCUACGAGGUGCGAAAUUGGUGCCUGAGUGCUGCCCACCGCGCGCCCACGGAAGCACAAGAUACAGCCCGCGAGUCGAAGGACAUCAAAGCACUGUUUCUUUUGUUCGACGGACUGGAUGAGGCGUCUUCCUCUCGGUUCCAGGUGCUGGAAUAUGUCCGGUCGGUCCUGGAGAGCGAGCCGUCACACCUCUGUGUCCUUACGUCGAGGCCGGGCAACCUGGGAUCCGUGGAGUACGACCUGCUCGCGGCGCUCGGCUUCGUGUCGUUCCAGAUGGGCGCGCUCACCCUCCCGCAGGCCGAAGACGUCGUGCAGCGUACGCUGGCGCGCGCCCAGGAGACGCACGAGACGAUCAGCGCUAUCCGCAGCAGCGUCGCGGACCCGGGCUAUUCCAGUCUCAGGGAGAACCCUCUCAUCCUGACCUUGCUCAUCCAUGUUCUGCGGAAGUUUCAAUCGUCGUGUGCAGACGGCAAGAGUGGUCCCCUGACGCGUGAUCGCCCAAAGCAGGAAGCCAUGAAGAAGACCGAUAUCUACCAGCGCGCUGUGAAGCUCCUGUUGCACCAAUCCGACGCUGCGAAGUUCGCUAUGCGUGAUGGAGCCAGUGAUCAGGCGAUGGUUCGCCGGCUAGACAUGUUGAAGAGCGUGAGGGCACGACAGCUCUUCCAGUCUAUGUCGUUUCAUCUGCACCAGUUGAGGCAGCGUGCGACAACGUGGCCAGCUGUGGAGCAGGCCUCAGAAGACUGCAGUAUGAUCGAGGUGCUGAAGGAUGCUUUCCAGCAGGGUCGCAUGCCAAUCCUGGAAAAAGUUGAAGCGAUCGACGCGGAGCCAGAGGUACAACUGACGCAUCUGUCAUUCCAGGAGUUGAUGUGCGGUGAGUUUUGCUCGGCAGUUGUUAGCCACGCCCGCUCCAAAAAGAACAUGCGAGCAUAUGUAAAUGCAAUCCUGUCUAACAGCGCACAGUGUUUGGACCGAGAGCGGCUGUCUGAGAACUGGUGGUUGCAAGUGUGGUUCCACGUCUUCGAGAUGUUGGACUCAGAAACUCUCGAGGAGUACUGCGCAAUCUUGGCCGAGGACGAGCGUGCACUCUUGAAGGUUGGGAGUAUCUCUAUUACACCUUGCCUUCCUUUUCCCUUGACUUAUUUGGUGCUGAACAUGGUGUUGAAGGGAACCCCUAUGGACCACCGGCCUUGGGUGGGAGACGGCGCGAGUAGCAUGGUCGCUGCAAUCAAUUGGGACGAGUACGAGACAGACGUCGUCUGGGACAACAGGGACUGCAACAAGAGGUGGUUCCAUGGUUCCAACUUCCUUGCACGGGUCAUGGUCCCCACCCUUGUUGACAGUAAUUGUUGGCGUUUGAAUGGCGUCGGCGCAGUGCUGAGGCAUGCGGCCAGUCUGCCAAACCUCGUCGUGCUCGACACGCUGCUAUCCAAGGGCGUCCAUCCGUGCCUGGUCUGUGAUGACGGGCACUUUCUCUUUGCGCUCGCCAGCAUGGGGAAGAAGUGGGAUGCCGUUCGCGUCAUACGCGAGCACAGGAACGACUAUGACUUCAUGAACUGGCUGGUUCACGCCACGUGGUGGCGCUGGAGUUCCGGGCGCGAGAGUCCCGACUUCGUGAAGGCGUGGGACAUGAACAACGCCUUGGACCAGCUGGCCAGCUUCAAACCAUAUGGCACUCUGCAACAGGCCUGGGAUGAGACCCUGAGCAUUACUGAUGAUGUCGACGUGAAUUUCGCAGAUCCUGCAUCAGGCCUAACUCCUCUGAUGCUUGCUGCGUCAUGCGGCAGGGUUGAACUCGUGAACGCCCUCAUCAUGCACCAGGCUUCGGUGAACGCCAAGAGUGCGGAGAAUUGUACUGCACUCUCGAUGGCUGCAGACAUGGACAACGGCGAGAAAGGUUUGGAGUGCAUGAAGCUGCUCAUCAACGCCUCUGCCGACAUCCAUGCCAAGGUUGGGGUGACCAUGAAGCGACCGUUUUGGAAUCUGACGGGUCAGGGGAACAGCAUUUUGGCUGGACCGGCUCAGGCAGGAUAUGUAGACAAGAUCAAGUUCCUUCUCGAGAUUCGUGCCGAUGCCAACUCGCCAAACAAUUUGGACAUGGCUCCGCUGAUCCAGGGCGUUCGAUCCAACAAUGUGGAGUGCGUCAGGCUUCUCGUGGAGCAUGGAGGUGACUUUUUCAGGUGGUCCAGUAAGCUCACUUCGCUGCAGCACAAGCCAGGCCUUCUCCAGAACUACAACACAAGACAGAACUACAUGUGCUGGAGCCCAGGUGCCGAUGCUAUCCAUGCGUGGUAUAUGUACGCAGCGUACAACAAAGACAUCCUCCGUCUUGCGUUCGAGCUGGGAAUGGACGGGAAUGCUGCCUUCUUCAUGGGAUCUGGGGGCAGCACGUGGCUCCCCAAGGUAGGCUACAAUCUCACAUUCGACUACUGGUUCUUGGAAUCGGGCACCUCUCCCACUUUUGAGCUCUACAUGAAGCACGGGCUGGAGGUCAACAGGCCGUGGGGUCCCCAGCGAUUGAACGUCCUUCAGAUCUUGAGCUGGUCCUCCAGCAACGCGGCGAUCGUCACCCACGUGCUGGAGACCUGCCCGAACGCCGACGAGGCCCUGGCCUUCCGGGCCAAGUUCCUGGGGAGCACGGAGGACGGCGCCCGGCUCCUCAAGCUCUUGCCCGUCGUCGAUGCCAUCGAGGACUACAAGCGCAAGCGGGCGGAUCAGGAGAGCCCGGCCGCCCCGACGGCGUAG